AGCAGCAAUCGCUCACAAUGGCGCCGCCGCCGCCGCCGCCGCAAGCCAAGCGGUGCCUCUACGAGGUUCUCGGCGUGAGCCAAGUCUGCACCGCGGCCGAAAUCCGCUCCGCCUACCGGAAACUAGCCUUGCAGCGCCACCCGGAUAAGCUGAUCCAAACCGGCGUCCCCGAACCCGAAGCAACGGCAGCGUUCCAGGAGCUUUUGAACGCUUACGAAGUCCUCUCUGACCCACGCGAGCGCUCCUGGUACGAUUCUAAUCGCGAUAAGAUCUUGUACUCGGGAUCCAGUAAUGGCUCCAACAGUUCUUCUAAGUACGAUCCCGUCCCCAACCUCUUCUCUUUCUUCUCCAAUUCUGUCUACUCUGGAUUUUCGGACACUGGAAAGGGAUUUUACAAAGUUUAUGCUGACGUUUUUGAUCAAGUUUAUCGCCAUGAACUGAAUUUCGCGAAGAAGUCUGGUCUUCGCUCUCCCAAAGAAGCCCCACUUAUGGGAAAUAUGGAUAGUCCUUAUGCUCAGGUGACAGCAUUCUACAAUUAUUGGUUGGGGUUUGCUUCAGUGAUGGAUUUCUGCUGGGCCGAUCGGAAUGUUGUAGUGCCAGAAAUGAUUAGGAAGUUUAGGAGAGAGAUGGAGGAUGAAAAUACAAAGUUGAGGAAAAAGGCCCGAAGAGAAUACAAUGAAACUGUUAGAGGGUUAGCUGAGUUUGUGAAGAAGAGAGACAAGAGGGUGAUUCAAAUGCAGGCAAAGAGGAUUGAGGAGAUGGAGAAGAAGAAGCGGGAAGGGCAAGCUAGAAAGAAGGAGUUAGAGAAGCUUAAAGCAGAGAAGGCAAAAAUGUAUAAGGAGCCUGACUGGACUCAGGUUGACAAUGUGGAGGAUGAAGAAACAUUGGACAAAGAUGCUGAUGAUAAGAACGAGGAGUUAUAUUGCAUAGCAUGUGGGAAAAAGUUCAAGAGUGAGAAACAAUGGAAGAAUCACGAGCAGUCUAAGAAGCAUAAAGAGAAAAUUGCAGUGUUAAGAGAAGCCUUAAGUGAUGAGGACAAAGUGCUUGAAGAAUUAGAUGUCAAUGAAAGAAGAAAGGAAGAGGAGCUAAAGACACCCGAGUCAGAGGAAAGUGGUUAUUUUUCAGCUACAGAUGAUGCUGUGGAUGAGUUAAGGGAGCAAUUUGAGGCUAGUUUUGGAUUUCAAGGACAUAGUAAUGGUCAAGAAUCUGGACCUCCUACUGGUAAAUCUGGAUGUACAAGUGAUGUUCCUGAUUCGGAUGAUGGUGAUGAAGCUAGUAUUCUUGAAGCUAUGGUGUCUGGCCAUAGAAGUAGGCAACAUAUGGUUUUCAGUCACCAUUCUAAGAUGAAGAAUGAUGACAAUGACUUGAACUUUAUGGAGUAUAAUUAUAGUCAGUUCAGUGGGAGGAAAAGGGGCACUCUAAACCGGCGGAACAGGAGAGCCAAAGCUGGAAUGAGCGUUAAUAAUGAAACUGAUGAGGUUGAAUCUAGUGGCCAAGUGGCGAAACAUACUGUAAACGAUGAACACAGGGAUAAUGAUGGAAGUGCAGAUAAUGAUGUCAAACCAAAAUGUACUGUAUAUGAUGAGAAUGUAGAUACCCAGGAUCCAUCAUUGCAGGUUUCAACCAAAACCAAGGCGGAUGGCCAUGAAGAUGAUUCAUUACAAAAGGUUGAAGAAAUUCCGAGGCAAGCAGCUAUUGGCAAAAAGGCUGACAAGAAGAAGGAUAAUAAUAAUAAUAAUAAUAAACCAAAGAAUGCUUCGAAAGGGAGGAAAGAGAAGGCAACAUCAAAGCGUUCUGUCAGUGCAUGUGAAAAAUGUGGGGAAGAAUUUGAAUCCAGGAAUAAAUUGCACAAUCAUUUGGGAGAGAGUGGACAUUCCUCACUCAAGUCAAGAUAAUAAAUGCAGAGUGAUCUCUUGUUCAAUUGUCAUGCAACUGUUGAUGCUUGUGGAUUUUUGGCCCUUUUUGGAUCUUCUAGUUGAACAAAGAAUCCUCUUAUUUUGAAGUAAAAUAUAAGUAUAUUCUUCGUAUGUUUACGAACUUGCUAUCGUAUAUAAGAACUUUCUUGGCACGUUUACCAACUUACUCACAAUCGUAUAUAAAGUAUAUUCUUCGUAUGUUUACCAACUUACUCGCUAUGAGAACUUUCUUUGUACAUUUACAAACUUACGCACUAUCGUAUAGAAAGUAUAUUCUUCAUAUGUUUUCUUAUGCAUGAUGCAAUGUGGUAUAUGGUCUUCUUCAACCCUCUAGUGCACUUGUUUAAAUCAAUUCUUACAUUUUUA